AUGUCUGACAGUCCCGAAAAUUACGUUCCACUUUCUUUGAAACACUUGCAAGAUCACAAUCAUGCCAGUAGCCAAAUUGAAAUAGCAGAUUUCCACACAAAGUCCGAUCAUCAUGCUUUCAAGUUGAGAUAUAGAUCCAACUCAAUCGUUUCAGCCGCUGGAACAGUAUCUACUGCGCCCGAAGAGGAACGCCCGCUUCCAACAAUCAAGAUCUUGGGAACAGGAGGUACUAUUGCUUCUAAAGCCAACUCUUCCCAUGCUACUGCUGGCUAUGAAGUCGAUUUAACAAUUGAGGAAUUGGUGAGCCAAAUUCCCGAUCUCUCGGGCACCUGCCAACUUGAGUACGAGCAAGUGUUAAACAUUGACUCCUCGGAAUUAGGUCCCAAAGAAAUCACGUUAUUGCGUAAUCAAAUUGUUGAAGAUCUCGAUCAUUACGAUGGAAUUGUCAUCACACACGGAACAGAUACAUUGGAGGAGACGGCUUUCUACAUCCAAUCAACAAUUGAAACUGAAAAACCAAUUGUCUUUUGCGGAAGUAUGAGACCAAGUACUGCAAUCUCAUCAGAUGGUCCAAUGAACUUGUACCAAGCCAUUGUUAUUGCGUCAAGCUCUACUAGCCGAGGAAGAGGUGUGCUCACAUCUUUAAAUGACAGAAUAGGUUCCGGCUACUACAUCACCAAGUCCAAUGCAAACAGUUUGGACACUUUCAAGUCAGUGGGUCAAGGCUAUGUUGGAAACUUUGUCAAUAACCAAGUGCGUUAUUACUACCCCCCAGCAAAACCCUCCGGACUUACAGUGUUUGACAUACCUGCAGAAAUAGAGUUUGCUGAAGUCCCCAUUGUAUACGCCUACCAAGGAUUUGACACCAAGGUGUUGGAAUUGGUGUUGAAGAACAUUGAUGCAAAGGGUUUGGUUAUAGCAACAAUGGGUGCAGGUUCAUUCCCAUCGAAAUGCAAUAAAUUUUUGGCCGACACCGUUUCUGCAGAUUUCCCCAUAGUUUAUAGUAAAAGAUCAAUGGAUGGAAUGGUACCCGAGGGAGCAUUACCUAAAAUCAGAGGCGUUCCUUUUCAAAAUGCAAUUGCUGGUGGCUACUUGAACCCUCAAAAGGCUAGAAUACUUUUGCAAUUAUGUCUCAAUGCAGGAUACGACUUGAAAAAAAUUAAGCAAGUAUUUAAAGUGGUGUAA